CCCUCCGGCCGCGUCCCCGCCGGCCUUGCCGACGUGGCGGGGCGGGACCCGCCGGGCGCUCCCGCGCGCACUCGGCCGCCGGAGCGAUAUUAAAAUGUCUGACGAUGCCGGUGACACCUCAGCCCCUGGAGACAAAGCAGAAAUUGCCGAGAUGCCCAAGACUGAGUUUUCACCCAAAGACACAGACGCGCACUGUGAAUCAGCUAUGAUUUCACAUGAGCCGACAGCAGCUGACGCCAGGGGAGACGGGCACGAAAAUGCCACCAUCCAGGGUGCAGAGACCACUGACACUGGGCACCAUGAGCAGCCCCAACACACCAGUGCCACGGAGCCCCCCCUCAAUGGAGAAGUGACUGAGGACGCCCUUGUGGAAUGCAUUGACUCCGUCAGCCUCGAGGCAGAGCUUGGAUCUGAAAUACCCCUGAAAGAACAGCCUAACCCGGCUGUGGAUUCACCUUCACGUGGAGGGAGAUGGGCGGGCUGGGGCUCCUGGGGCAAAUCUCUGCUCUCAUCAGCAUCUGCUACAGUAGGUCAUGGAUUGACAGCAGUCAAGGAAAAAGCAGGGGCCACCCUGCGGAUUCAUAGUGUAAAUUCCAGCUCUCCUGAAGGGGCCCAACCUGAUGCUGAAAAUGGAGCCCCUCACACAGAUGUGGCCACAGAUCAGAGCCCCGCAGAAAGCCCACCCACUUCUCCUGCAUCCGGGUCUCGGGGCAUGCUGUCAACCAUCACCAACGUGGUUCAAAACACAGGUAAAAGCGUCUUAACCGGCGGUCUUGAUGCUCUGGAAUUCAUCGGUAAGAAAACCAUGAAUGUCCUUGCGGAGAGUGACCCAGGCUUUAAGCGGACCAAGACACUCAUGGAGAGAACCGUUUCCUUAUCACAGAUGUUAAGGGAAGCCAAGGAGAAAGAGAAGGAGAGACUGGCCCAGCAGCUGACGGCCGAGAGGACUGCCCACUAUGGGACGCUGUUUGAUGAGUAUCAAGGUUUGUCACACCUGGAAGCUCUGGAAAUUCUAUCCAACGAAAGCGAAAGCAAGGUGCAGUCAUUUUUAGCAUCACUCGAUGGAGAGAAGCUGGAACUCCUAAAAAACGACUUAAUUUCCAUUAAAGACAUGUUUGCAGCCAAGGAAUUAGAGAGUGAAGAGAACCAAGAAGAACCAGCCUUAGAAGAAAAGGGAGAAGAAUUUGCGAGCAUGCUUACAGAACUUCUCUUUGAAUUACAUGUCGCAGCCACGCCUGACAAACUCAAUAAGGCCAUGAAGAAAGCCCAUGACUGGGUAGAAGGAGAUGAGGCUAUGGUGUCCGUAGAUACGGCAGAAGCUUCGGCGGAGAACACUAGAGAAGAAGAAAAGGAAGAGAAACCAGAAAAUCCUGAAGAAGACAAAAAGGAAGAAAGGAGAACUAAGACAGUUGAGGAAGUAUAUAUGCUGUCCAUCGAAAGUCUGGCAGAAGUAACAGCACGCUGUAUCGAGCAGCUCCAUAAAGUAGCAGAAUUAAUUCUUCAUGGGCAAGAAGAGGAGAAACCAGCUCAGGACCAAGCAAGAGUUCUGAUAAAAUUAACUACUGCGAUGUGUAAAGAAGUGGCCUCCUUAUCAAAGAAGUUUACGAAUUCUUUAACCACUGUUGGGAGUGACAAGAAGGCUGAGGUCCUUAACCCCAUGAUCAAUAGUGUCUUGUUAGAGGGCUGCAACAGCACCACGUACAUCCAGGACGCCUUCCAGCUGCUGCUGCCCGUGCUGCAGGUGUCACACAUCCAGACGGGUUGUUCCGAACCACAGCCGGGACCUGGGCAGACUCCGUCUGGUUAAAGAGGAGGGCAGGCCACAUUGCUUCGACAUAUACCAUUUCCGGGGAUGUUUUCUACACAUCUGGCCCCAGAUGCCCCUUGGAGGACUCUACAAGCAAUUUUGCACGGACAGUAUAGAGAAUGCAAGUUGAGAGAGAGUAUCCCAUCUCCUAAUGUAUAUGGUGGUUUUACAAAUAAUUGUGUUUUAUGUUAAUUUAAAUUUACAUGGCUUUAUAUUGUUAAUUGCCUUUCAUCUGAAGUUCAUUCACCAAUAUUCAUUUCCAUUUUUCUGGCCAAGCAUGCUAUAUUUAGAAAUUCAUGGGCAGAUCCUGACUUUUUUUUUUUAAUCCUUUGAAUUCCCACCUUUAAAUUUCCCAUUCUUUCUAGUAUUACUUUAAAUCAGUUCUUAUACUGAACUUAGUUUUGUUAUAUAAAUAUCAUAGGCAAAGAUAACACUACUUAUAGAUAUUACCUAUUAUGGUAAAAGAGAAACAUAAGUAUCUCUUUGUAAUAACUCAUUCUAAAAACAAGCUUUCAUUGAGCUCCUACUGUGUGCUCACAACAGGGAACAUGAUCUCAACCCAAUUAAGACAGGCACUCUAAGUAAUCUCUGCACCCAAGGUGGGGCUCAAACUCACAACCCUGAGAUCAAGAGUUGCACGCUGUACCGACUGAGCCGGCCAGGCGCCCCUAGACAAAUAUUCUAAAAGACGGUUUCUAAUAAUUCUUAAAAUGCUUAAAAAUACUAAUGAAUUUUCUAAACCUUAAAAAAUUCAAAGACCAAGGUAAACUAGUGUUUGUUUGUUUGUUUGUUUUAAAUGUUCUUCCUUUUAAUGUAUUAUUGUAUUUUUCCACACUCCUUGGACUUUUUGACCCCAAACUUUAUAUAUAGGGUGAAAAUAUAUAUGAAAAAUGGGUACAAAAGAGUAUUCAGUUUAAACUUGACUCGUUAUGACCAUAAGUGUAUGAAUGCAUAAUUACAAAGCUUGGAAACAUUCAAAUAGAAAAUUAAAGGGAUUUCAACCCAGCAGACCCCCAGACUGCGUUUUUCAAUCUGAGGCCAGAUAGUCUAUAAAUACACAGAUCACACUCACCAAUGGUCAAUACCAUCAUUGUUUCUAAAGGGCAGAAAAUACCGACGUGUGGGUUGACUGGUAUCUUGAUCCAUGAGAGACUGCCCAGGAGACUCUGCAGCCAGGAGAGGCCCUUCUCCUGAGCUCUCUAAGUUCAUUCGUUCAUUCCGGAUUUCGGAGCCCCGUCAGCAUCCCUGCAGACAUCAUCACAAGAUGUGUUGUCCCAUGGCUCUCUCCAAGGCAGAUGAAGCUUGUGCUUUUGUAAGGGUCAAAGUCCUUCCCUGACAUUUGCUUUUAGUCCCCUGAUGGAGUAGACUGCCUUUGUCCCAUACAGGCAAAGUGGGACUCUUAAUUAUCUCCUGUGUCUUAUUAGCAUCUUAUUCACCUGCAUCCUAGAUUUCAUCUGUGUAGCUCCCAAAACAACCAAACAGAAGAUAUAAGAACAAUGAUUUUCAGUCUGGAAAAUAACUCUCUGAGGAAUCAAUUAAAGAUGCUUUUUUUUUUUCCUCUUCUCGAUUGCCUGAAAUGUUUCUGAUCUUAAGUCUAGAGAACAAUUAACUGAUGAAAAUGUGACAUUUACCUCUUUGUAAAUUUUGGACGUAUUAUGUCUAGAGCAGAGGAAAGGACUUGGAUUUACAAUUUCUUCACAUUGGAUUUUUUAGCAUCGAUGGAUUUAUAGGUAUUAACUGGAAAUGUAAUAGGAACGAGUAGUUUCAAAGGAGCUGGAUUCCCAGAAAUAGACUUUAAGCCCAACUGCACCCAUUUAGUUUAUAGCAACAUUUUUAAUCAAAAAAUGAAAUAGGAAUCUGUAGAAGAAUAAGAGAGAAUUAUCCUUUAAAAAUGGAGUUGACAUUAUUUGCAUUGCAUUUGCAUAUGUUUUACUGAUAGAAUAUCAAAGGUUGCCAGGUAGAAACAUAGGCUGAGAGAUGAUUCCUGGGGCCUAGCUCAAUGGUCUGUGAAUUACAUUAUUUAAGAGAGAAUAAUCACUUAAAAUAUAUCCACCCUCCAGGAUUGCUCUCUUUCAAUGCUGGUUUUCAUGUUCACUUUUAAAUAAUUGCUUCUUUGCUUUGCUUUUAAAACCUAGCAAAGCCCACGAUCCCGAUCUGGGCAAAUGUCAAUCACGUACUGAAUGAAUGAUUUAGCAGGCUUACUUUGGAAGUUUUGUAUUCCUUCAAUAAUCCUUUACAUAAAUUGGGUUCAUUUCACUCUAUGCAAUUACCCUGAACAAGUGUACCAGCUUUUUUUUCUUACAUCAAGUGCAAAAUAAGUUCUAGUCUAAAUAAUGAAGUCCUGCGCCUGUGCCUUAUUAAAUAAAAAAACAUCAAAAGCAUAUUUCCAAUUCAAAGCAAAAUGCGUCCCAGAAAAAUUGCUCUGGGGUACUGAUACAUCUAGCUCUAAAAGGUAAAAUUGAGUCCCAAAUCUUAAAGCAGAGGCCUAAGCUUAAAUAUUCUGUCCCAUUGAGAACAGAAUUCUGUCUUCUCUCCGAGUCUCACACUGGGCUGCACGUCAAGCUCGUGAUUAAACGAGUAGUGUGCCGAGGCGGUGGCAGGCAUGAGCAGGGGUGUCCGCGGGAACCCCAGCCGCACCAGCUAAGGAACCAUGGACCUCCGCAGCAGAGCUCAAAGGGGGUGGAGAAGCCUCAGCCUUGGGUUGGCUAAAGGAAAGUGCUCAGUAUAGGAUACAAGUCUUUACACAGAAAGGAGAGCAUUUUGGUGCUUUGUAGAAGUCAGCUGACCCAGGAGCUCACCUAUCGGGAAGUCACCUGUCUACACAGGCUGGCCGUGCUGCACUUAAGUUAGAAACAAAAGCGGGUGGAUUUCGAUCAAAGCUUUCCCAGAGGUCUAGAAAUAAGGUCUUUGGGAAGUAAUUUAGCAAAAAUGUAAAAUAAACAUAUUUCUCUUCUUUCCUAAAAAAAAUAGAGAAAGAUGAUAGAUGAUAGAUGGAUAGAUAGAUAGAUGCUAAAGUGUAUGCUGAAUAGAUGGGGUGGAUCAUAAUACAUGAUUUCAAUCCGUGUUUAAUUUUAUAAGAGCAAUUGCUCUUCCGUAUCAAGCUAAUUUGUGUAAUGUAAAAAUUGCCCUUUGAUCUUCCUCUUAAGCAUGGCCUACAUUCUGAUAACUCAAAUCUAGGCUUCAACUUGGUGUCUUAAAUGAUUGUGUUUGUGAAGGCACAUCAGAAGAGAUCAUACUGAAAAUCUGUUUUAGAACUGCAAUUCUGCCUUGUUUUUAUGUUGAUUAGAAUUCAAAAAGCCAUAGGAGUGGAUCUAGACCAGCCACUCUUCAUUCACAUAAAAGAAAAAAAAAUCAUGUGGUUCACCAUGCGUUUUUUUCUUCCAGAUAUCUCAUAACUUAUUCAGGUUUGUGCUCAUUUUCGGUAUGUUCCCCCAGAAUAGACGCUGUGCUACAAUAUCCACUAUUAAACAAAUCUAAGGAAAGA